UUUCUCUUUAUAUUAUAUCUUAUGGUGACAUUUCAAUACUGGACCCCGUCCAGAUCUGAGAUAUGGAACAAGAGUUGAGAAACUUAAGCAAGGUAUGGAUCUCUGCUUUAGUCUCCAUCUGUUAUUGUUAUUUUAUCUCAUGUAGAAUCUCCAAAGGUGUUCUUCGGCUCAUCACCAUUCUUCCAGUCAGUGUUCUGUUUCUUGUUCUUCCUUUGUCCUUCUCUUCUGUGCAUUUUUGCGUUAUUUCAGCUCUUUUUUUAUCAUGGCUCGCAAAUUUCAAGCUUAUGCUCUUUGCUUUUGAUCAAGGACCUUUGUAUCCACUUCCUGCUAAUCUCUACCGUUUCAUCUGCUAUGCUUGUUUCCCCAUCAAAAUCAGACAAAACCCAUCUCCAAGUGGCAUCGCAAAUCGUCUUCGUAAGAACAAACCUAUACCUAAAUUUGUUUUUGCUGUCAAAAUUUUGAUCUUUGGUGUCUUGCUACAUAUCUAUGAAUACAGCGACAGUUUACCUCGUUUUGCUGUUUUGAGUAUAUAUUGUCUCCAUAUAUACCUUGAGUUGGAACUUGUUUUGGUCAUUGUCGGGGCCGUGAUAUCUACUCUUCUUGGCUGUGACAUCGAGCCGGUUUUCAAUGAGCCCUACCUAGCCACCUCUCUACAGGACUUUUGGAGCCGCAGAUGGAACCUCAUGGUUUCAGCUGUCCUACGAUCAACCGUCCACAUUCCGGUUCAGCGUUUUUGCACACGCUUUCUCGGUCCAGACGCAGCUGUGUUAGUAGGUGUCAUGGCCUCGUUCCUUGUCUCGGGUUUGAUGCACGAGUUGAUCUACUUUUACGCAAUCCGUCUGCCUCCAACUUGGGAGGUCACUUGUUUCUUUGUGUUGCACGGUGUAGCCACUACCGUAGAGAUAGCAGUGAAGAGAACAGUGCGGUGGAGUCCACCACAUAGGGCUGUUUCAGGUCUCGGGGUUCUAGUGUUUGUGAGCGUUACUGGCGUUUGGCUCUUCCUCCCUCAACUGCUGAGAAAUAAUGUUCAUGAAAGAGCGAUUAGUGAAUGUUUGUUGGUUAUUGACAUUGCCAAACGCACGUUGUUCAUUUCUUCUUCAUGAUUCUUAUUUUUUUCCUAAUAUAAACUACAAAUACUAAUAGCAAAGGAACCACCCUUUAGAAGUUCUCUUCAUUGUGUGAAAACGUAUUUAGAAGUGUGAGACGUGUUGUUUAGUUCACUCCUUACAAAGUUUAACAUGUUGCUAGCUUGAUUUGAUAAAUGAAUUUGACAAAAUAUAUUGCUGCUUCUUUAUGUUUUAGUUGUAUCAAUUCAAUUGUGUAUUGUGUGCUUGGUUAAAAUGACAGAAACCAUGGACAUUAAUUUAGAUGUUUCAUAUAAAGCGGUAAUAAUACUUAAUUUUCAAGUGAAAGAGAUUUUUACCAUGAGAUAAUAUUGGAUCAAGCGCAACAAACUUGAUAAUAUUUUUUGCGUAAUUUAAGAACCUCAUGUACACGUGAACCUCCAAAGACAAUGAAAGUAACGUAUCAUUGAAUUUGUCUAACAAAGGAAAAGUAACUUUGCCAGAAAUGUGUCUAACAAAGGAAGAUCUACUUUGCAUGUCAAAGUUUAUAUAUUCUUUUGGAGAAAAUGUCAAAGUAUAUCUGUUAUAACAAAACAGACUGCCAAAAUAUCUGACAUAAGUCCAUUUAAAGCUGGUCUUCAAGUUUUCCGUCAUCUAUAUUAUCACAUGCAGAUAUUUCAACCUAUUUGAAGUCGUUGAUUUAAUUAUUUUGAAAACUAACUAUAAAUUUUUAGGAAACGAAAGAUUGUCUUAGAUUUGUUUCUUUUGUUUGAAAAGAAAAAAUUCUUGAUAAUCAUUUGUCCAUGUGUUAUUCCAAAAGCAUUAGUUAGUUGAAUAGUACAAAAUUUGACUUAAAUUUCCAAAACAAAGGAAAAGCAAAGCCUCCGACUUUUAUACUUUACUUCUUCUUUUUUUGCAAAAUAUGUAAUAGUAAAUCCAAAAAUAAAAGCGCAAAUAUGACAAAUGUAAAACUUAUUUACAGUUACGGAUUUUGUCAUUUUUCAUAUUCUUAUGGAUAUUGUUUAUAAAUUGCAUUCUGCACACAAUUAGCAACCCACAGAACUU